AUGAUGGACGGUCGCCUCCUGGAGCACCCGCAUGCCCAGUUCGGGGGCUCGCUGGGCGGCGUGGUGGGCUUCCCCUACCCGCUGGGCCACCACCACGUGUACGAGCUGGCCGGCCACCAGCUGCAGUCGGCCGCCGCCGCCGCCGCCGCGGCCUCGGUGCCCUUCUCCAUCGACGGCCUGCUCAGCGGCUCGUGCGCUGCGGCCGCCGCCUCGGUGGUCAACCCCACACCGCUGCUGCCCGCCGCCUGCGGGGUGGCCGGGGACAGCCAGCCCUUCAAGCUUGCAGACUCGGGGGAUCCAGACAAGGAGAGCCCCGGCUGCAAACGGAGACGCACCCGCACCAACUUCACCGGCUGGCAGCUGGAGGAGCUGGAGAAGGCGUUCAAUGAGAGCCACUACCCGGACGUGUUCAUGCGCGAGGCGCUGGCGCUGCGCCUGGACCUGGUCGAGUCCCGAGUUCAGGUCUGGUUCCAAAACCGCCGGGCCAAGUGGAGGAAGAAAGAGAACACCAAGAAGGGCCCGGGCCGGCCGGCGCACAACUCGCAUCCCACCACGUGCAGCGGGGAGCCCAUGGACCCGGAGGAGAUCGCUCGCAAAGAACUCGAGAAGAUGGAGAAGAAGAAGCGCAAACACGAGAAAAAACUGCUCAAGAGUCAGAACCGCCACCUGCACUCGCCAGGUGGCCUGUCCCUGCACAGCGCGCCCAGCUCCGACAGCGACAGCGGCGGCGGAGGUCUGUCCCCUGAGCCACCCGAGCCGCCGCCGCCUACCGCCGCGGCCAAGGGCCCUGGAGCUCACCACGGCUCCAGCGUCGCGGGUUCCGCUCCUGUGCCUCCCGGCGAGCCACCCGCACCUGGCACCUGCGACCCCGCCUUCUACCCGAGCCAAAGAAGCGGUGCCGGCCCGCAGUCACGGCUAGGCCGCCCUGCGGACAAGGACACGGUCCCGUGCGGGCCUGGAACGGCGGCCACCGCGGGCCUGCCUAAGGCUAGCCCGUUCAGCGUGGAGAGCUUGCUGUCCGACUCUCCACCGCGCCGCAAAGCCACCCCAGCCAACGCCGCGGCCACCGCGGGGCUGGACUUCACGCCGGGGCUGCCGUGUGCACCUCGGACCCUGAUUGGCAAGGGCCACUUCUUGCUCUACCCCAUCACGCAGCCCCUCGGCUUCCUGGUGCCACAGGCCGCGCUCAAGGGCGGAGCGGGCCCCGAGUUGGCGCCCAAGGACGCGCCUCCCGCUCCUCCGGCGCCACCCGCACCACCGGCACAGGCCAGCUUCGGGGCCUUCCCCGGACCUGGCAGCACUGCCGACCCGGCCUUCGCCCGUCGCAGCCCCGAGGUUGUUGCCUCCCCCGGGCCACCAGCUCCCGCGCCUUUCCGGGACCUAGCAACGGCGGCAGCCGAGAGCGGUGCUGGGGACUGCGCGGACGCGGGGACCGUCUGCCCUGCGGCCCCGCCGCCCCCGCCCCUCGAAACAUCGCCAGGCCCGCACCCCAGAGCCCCCAGCCCAGCCGGGGAGCCAGCCACCUGCGGCGCCGCUGAGCCAGGCGCUGCGACUGGACCCAGCCCGCCCGAGGGCGAGGAGGUGGACAUGGACUGA